GCAGAGCAGAAUGAGACCGCUGCACGGAGUGCGAGGCAAAGAUUCGGAGACGAAUUACCACCAGGUCUCUUGUCACAAGGGGAAGAGAGAUCAUAUGAGCGACUAUAUGGGAAGGCAACCUUCAUGGCGUCGGAUUGGAAAGAGCAGCUUAGUGCGAGAGGCGAGCUAGUAGCGGAGGUCGAAAGAGAUGGAAAACAGAUACUCCUGCGGCAGAAUGACGAGGGGGAGCUGGAAGAAGUGGAACAUACGGAAGACAUGGAAGAGGCCGAAGAGGGUGCGGAAGAGAAAGAGGAUUCAGCUAGCAUGUACGACUUCGGAUCUGAAGAAGGUCUGCAAGGAUUGGAAGAGCUGGAGGCCAUGCGGAACAAAGGUGUCUCAUCCGACCCUCUACGACCCAGUUCAGACUUUGCGCGCACGCAUCCAUUGACCGAGGCUGGUCGUAUGAGAACGUGGCCUUCGACUGCCAGAAUGUCUGUCGCGUGGGAGGAGCCCUCGUCAAUCAUUCUGAAGAGACAAGGCAAUAAGCAUCUGUCUGAGAGGGCACAUGAAACAUUUGGUGGAAAGAAUCUCCCCCUUUCUGUGGCCACCCCAUCUCAUAUACCGUCACAUCAGAUCCACAUGCCAGUCGCCAUGGAUGCCGGAGAGUCAUCCAUGUCUAAUGUCGAUGCGGAUGUCUACUUGGCGACGAUGACUCCUGGCCUACAUGCUUCAGCUUUGUCGGUGUUGGUUGAGGUGCGCAAGCGACUUGGAUCGGGCUGGAUCGAACGCUUGGUGAGGAAGCCAGGCGGCCCAUUAGUUCUGGACGCUGGAGCUGGUGGUGCAGGUAUCAUGGCCUGGCAAGAGAUCUUGAGAGCUGAGUUUAGUAGACUCAGGGAAGAGCACGAUGACAUUGCCGCCAUGGACGAGAUUCCCCCUUCCAGACAAUCUGUCAUUAUUGGGUCUGACACUCUCCGACAUAGGAUCAGUCGCAUAUUGGAGAAUACCCAAUUCCUCCCUCGCUUACCCGAAACAGUCUUUCCUUGGGCACCAGAAGUCGGCCCGGAACCACGAAAGUUGUAUGAUGUAAUUAUUGCCCCUCACAACCUGCUGGGCAUAAGAGAGGAGCAUGUUCGAAAGCGACACGUUCAGCGCCUGUGGUCACUUCUAGAUCCCAACGGGGGAGUUCUCAUCCUCAUGGAGAAGGGGCUUCCACGAGGUUUCGAAGCUAUAGGUGCAGCUCGAGAAAUGCUUCUCAAUCGACAUAUCCAAGAUCCUUCUGUACCCAUUGUCGAGCCAGAAUACGAGAACAGAGACAGACCGACAUGGAAGAAAGAAACCGGCAUGAUCGUAGCUCCUUGCACCAACCACGUCCAAUGCCCAAUGUACACCAUCCCAGGCGAAAUGGUCGGUCGCAAAGAUUUCUGCUACUUCAGUCAACGCUUUACCCGCCCAGCCUACCUCCAAAACAUUGUCGGUAUCGCCCACUCCAAUCACGAAGAUAUACAGUUCAGCUACAUUGCGGUGCAGCGCGGUCGCGACCAGCGUCGCGCAGAAUUCGACACUCAUGCCCAAGGCGUCUCCCAAGGCGCACAUGCCACCGACGCCGCAUUCGCCGGCUAUGAGCCUCUCGCGCCUUCGCCCGCCCAAAACCGCGGACCCGAUCACGACGUCAUCAGACAAGAGGCCCGUAAACCCCCCGCAAUCAACACUCUAAGCCUACCACGCAUGAUUCUGCAGCCUCUAAAGCGCCGCGGCCACGUCAUCAUCGACGUCUGCACGCCCGCCGGCACCCUCGACCGCUGGACCGUCCCACAAAGCUACAGCAAGCAAGCCUACCGCGACGCCCGCAAAUCCCAAUGGGGCGACCUCUGGGCCCUCGGCGCCAAAACGCGCGUCCCGAAGAACGUGCGCACCGGCCGUCCGAAGAAGGGCUUC